CUCUCUUUUUACAAUAAUUAUACCUUGUUUAUCUUGAAAGUGGUGAAACGUAUCUAUCAUAGAUAAAAAUAUCAUAAUAAAAGAUAGUAGAAGCUUCCUAGUAUCUAGUAGAGUUCGGGUUGAGUCAUGAGCGAUGCUCAAGAACAGAGUACCGAGGAUGUCCAAGAACAAGGCUCCUCUCCUCCACUAGACCCUCCCGUUCUAAUGGCAGAGCUUUCUCUCGAAGCAAACACACAAGACUCCAAGAUAUUCGAAGCUAAGGACCAACCGUGUCAAAGCUUUAUCAGAAUGCAUCAAUUGUGGGAAGAAAAGAAACUAUGUGACGUUGUACUCGAUGUAGGGGGCAAAGAGAUCCAUGCUCACCGACUUGUACUGGCAGCCUCCUCAAACUACUUCUACUCAAUGUUUGUGCGAGACAUGAUGGAAAGCAGACAGGACCGAAUUGAACUGAAAGGUGUCGAUCCCGAGGCAAUGACAAAGCUAGUAGACUUUGCGUACUCAACAAAACUGGAGAUUACUACGUCCAACGUCCAGUCCCUCAUGACAGCCGCAUCACUAUUUGACUUCCCCGCUGUGUUCAAUGCCUCGGCAACCUUUCUUGCCGGACAACUCCACCCGACGAACUGUAUCGGUAUUCGUAUGUUUGCCAAAUCUCAUGGAAGCAAAUCUCUCAUCGAAGCUUCGUCUAUCUACUUCAGAGAGAAUUUUUUGGAUGCCAUUACAAGCGAUGAAUUUGUAAACAUUGCCCCUGAAGACCUUGCUGAUUUACUGGAUAGUCCCCUGGUGAAUGUCCGCUCAGAGGAGGACGUGUACCACGCUGUACAACUGUGGCUUGCUCACAAUCCUGAUGAGCGCAAAUACACCCUCUCACUCGUUUUGUGUAAGGUCCGUCUUCCCCUCCUCUCUCCAAAUUUCCUCACUCAAAACGUUGAAGCAAACCAGUACAUCAAGAAGAGUCUGGAUUGCCGAGAUCUAAUCGAUGAAGCCAAGAACUACCACCUCAUGCCAGACAAGUUCAGGCACACCACAGAAGAGAAGUAUAAGCCUAGGAAGUCUACCGUUGGUCUGCUAUUCGCCAUUGGUGGUCGGGGGUCCGUGGGAGAACCGUUCUGUAGCGUGGAGUAUUACGAUUUUCGUACAAACACGUGGCAUGUGGGUCCUGACCUGAAGGCUCGUCGUCGGCAUGUGGGCGUGGCUUGUUUGGAUGGUGUCUUGUACGCUGUCGGAGGUCACGAUGGAGACAAACACUUGAACACUGUCGAGCGGUUUGACCCCAAACUGGGACACUGGGAGUUUGUACAGUCUAUGAGGAACCUGAGACGAGGGAUUGCAGUGGGUGUGGCCGGAGAGCCCAUGUACGCCGUGGGUGGACUGGAUGACCUCAGCUGCUACAAGGCUGUGGAGCGUUACGACCCACAGUCCAAUGAGUGGAAAGAGGUGGCUAGUUUACACACACCCAGGGGAGGAGUAGGUGUGGCAACUCUCGGCAAGUACCUAUAUGCUGCCGGGGGCAAUGAUGGUGGAGCCUCACUGGACACAGUAGAGCGAUACCAUCCUCAUAUUGACAAGUGGACAGAGGUGGGGCCCAUGGCUAAGAGGAGGGCAGGCGUGGGACUGGCUGCCCUCAAUGGCUACCUGUAUGCAGUGGGAGGCUUUGAUGAUGCUUCUCCACUCAACACUGUUGAGAGAUACGACCCUGACUCCAACAAGUGGGAGUUUGUACAGCCCAUGCACGUCUGCCGAGGUGGAGUGGGUGUGGCCUCACUGGGUGGGUACCUGUUUGCUAUUGGGGGUCAUGACGGGAGGACGUAUCUAAACACUGCUGAGAUGUACUGCCCUAAGUUCAACACCUGGACGAUGGUGGCGAGUAUGAACACUAGCAGAGCAGGUGCUGGGGUGGUCACAUGUCCACUGACAAGCCUGGGGUUAAAGUUCAUGAACUCUGCACCCUCUAGGCCAGAAUCGUUCGGUUCACUAUGAUUGAUUUUCAUGUGCAAAUACAUUUUGUAUGCAAUACAUAAAAUGGCACACACGUACGUACGUAUACAUGUAUACUGUCAUCACUUUUAUCUCAUAACAAAAAGUGUGCACAUACUCUUGCCUGUUAUUGUUUUACUCAACAUUUUGAUUUUUGUACUGUAUUCCCAUUGUUUCAUGUAUAAUUAUA